AUGUCAAGCUCACCAUGGAAGACAUUUCUAGCAUCACAACUGCAAACCAACAUUGAGCGAGUAGGCUUGUCUGCGACUUAUGUUUCACUGGCCACUGUUCGCCCUGACGGCACACCAGCCAAUCGGACCGUUGUAUUCAGAGGAUUCGCAGGAGAAGAUCAUAGGUCAGAGACGGGCUGGCAAAGCGAACUAUUGACAGUAACUUCAGCCAAACGGUCCCGCAAAAUGGCAGAUAUCGCAGCGCAGCCGAUGGUCGAGCUCAGCUGGUUCAUGGCUGGAACACAGGAACAAUUCCGCGUCCACGGACGAAUGGUUGCUGUGCAGGCAGGCACAACCAGUGACGCGUUGCGUGGAGUAUUGCCCGACCCAGUGACAAAGAAAGGAGCUGGUAGUGCAAAGGACACGAGUGCAUCAUCGAGUACUGGUCUUGCGACUCGGGCAUUUUUGACAAGGCUAUCCCGAGAAGGAGCAGGAGACAACAGUGACGGUGGUAAUACAUUCGAUUGGCAAGUUGAGCGGUUGCGGCAAUGGUAUCGGAUGAACGAUCAGCUUCGUGGCACGUUCCCCGAAGCAGGCGACGGAGAGCCGCUGGCAAUCGAGAACAUGGACAAUGAGGGCUGGUUUGUCAACCACGAUCCUGCAAAGCAAAAGCUGCUUGAGGCUGGUUAUGAAAAUUUUGCUCUUCUGGUGAUGCAGGUCGAGUCUGUGGACUAUGUCAACCUCACCACUGGAGAGCACUCGGUCUUCAUCAAGCCCAAGGAGAGGCAAGAGCAGGCGAUGGAGGAAAGCAGCAAGUGGGUGUUCAAGAGACUGUCAUGA